AGUCAAGGACGCUCUGAUCAAAUGGGAGGAGAAGUCAGGAGAGAAGGCGAGCAACCAGACUCAUGUCAAGCUUUAUGGUCAAAUCCCUCCCAUAGAAAGGAUGGACGCCUCACUCUCCACACUCAUCAACUGCGAGACGUUGUCCCUGUCCACCAAUAGUAUUAAGAAAAUUAGUAAUCUCCACGGCCUCAAGAACCUGAAGGUUUUAUCUCUGGGUAGGAACUGCAUCACAGAGCUGAGUGGCCUGGAGGCAGUGCGGGACACACUGGAGGAGUUGUGGAUUUCGUACAACUCUAUAGAGAAGCUGGACGGAAUACAGAAUAUGAAGAAAUUAAGGGUUCUGUUCAUGUCCAACAACCUGGUCAAAGACUGGGGAGAGUUCUCCAAGAUGGCUGACCUGCCCAGCCUCUCUGACCUGGUCUUUGUUGGGAAUCCUCUGGAGGAGAAGCACACAGCUGAAGGAACAUGGAGGGAGGAGGUCUCAAAGAGGCUCCCCAAUUUAACCAAGCUCGAUGGAAUGUACUACUGUCUCCAAAAAUCGCCAACCUAG